AUGUCAUCUUCAAGCCAACAAUCGAGUUCAUCAUCGGAUAGCUACAGUGAUCCAACUAUGGGUGGCGGGGGCCAAGAGAGUAGCUACAGUGAUCCAUUGACGAACGACAGUGGUAAAGAGGGUAGUCAAAGUGAUCCAAUGAUGAGUGUUAGUGGGCCAGGAAGUAACUACAGUGAUCCAAAAAUGAGUAGUAGUGGUGAAGGUAGAAAGCAAAGUGAUCCAAUGAUGAGUGAUAGUGGUCAAGGAGAUAGCCACAAUGAUCCACUGAUGGGUGGCAACGUUAUCUAA